AUGGAAAAUGCGAGGAGAGAAGUGAUCAGGAGGAUAGUGACCGAGUGCAGGUCAUCGGACGUGCACGUGACCAAGGAUUUCGCGUCCUUUUUGACCACUCUGUUCCUAUUGAAUCCUGACUACGAGAUCAAAGUCGGCGAAGCGGAGAGCAACGAGCAGCUGAUCGAGGCAAUUGUGAAGAAGAUAUCCGAGCCAGCGAGUUCCAGCUUGACGAUCCUAAAGAGUCAACUGUACUUCGCGAAACAUUAUCGCGGCAGGGACGAAACCGUGAAGCGUCACAGGUUGCGUUUGCACGAGAAAACAGGCCCCAUGGUGGCUGAAAUCUGCGAGGUGGAGAAGCUGUCCAGCAAGCAGGAUUCCGAGAAACUGUACCAGAAGAUGCUGGUCGUGAUCACUGUGCUCAGUGGUCUGGGAAAUCCUACGGUUCCAUCGGUGCUGCGAGAGGUCUCGGUGGCCCUGCAGAGCGUUUUUCAGCCCUCGGAGCUGGAAGCCUACGUGAAAAUGUCCAAACGGGAGAAGGAGGAGCAGCUGAUGGAGCUGAUGUGCAUAGUCGCAGGAAUUAGGCUGUUCAAUAGGGACUGCCAACGCGGAGGCGAGGGCAUCGACGAUCUGCCUGUUAUCCUACAAGAGGCCAAGAAGAAGAGCCACGACUCUGUCGUCGAUCUUCUGCAACGUUUGAUGCUGAAGAUCUACAGGAUCACAGCAGCAGUGGAGAAGGCGAUUUGCUUCUGGGAAGCGUUGCCUUUCGGUGUUUUCAACACAGACAACGUUUACUGGCUGAUAGGGAUCUUGGCGGCGUGCAGGCAACAGGAGAUAUACGUCAGAAAGCUGCUGAGCGACGUAGAAUGCAGUGAAAAGGAGGUGCAGGGCCUCAUGGAUCGUCUUCAGGGUCGGCUCUUUAAAAUUCACGACACCGUCAGUUCAGAGCUGUUCUUACAGCGAGUACUUGAAAUCGCGUUUUCUGACCUCGUUCAGCCGCAAUUCAUCGACUUGGCAGAUAUAUGGAUGGGCCUGCAGGACGAGGUGAUCAUACUGAGCAGCGUCAACAGCUUCCUGUGGGAACUGCAGAGUCUAAACACCAGGACGGUGAACGUGUUCAAUGAUGCGAUCGUGGACGACAUGCUGGCCAAGGGAACAGUUCCGACGGAUGCUGAGAGAUUGGAGCAGUCGAUGGGCGAAUUGAUAACUGCACGUGCUGCAUCGUGGCCUAUGUUCGCAGCCGAGUGCGGCGAGUGCACCCUCUACCACCCCGACACCACCAAGGACUUCGAGAACAUAAAUCUUGAGUUCCUAGGAUUUUGCGCGUGGACGUUCGUUUACGUGGAAGGAGCGCUGAUCCCGGGAAAUCCGAACAAUGGGGUGGCGAAGUGGAAAGGGAAGUACUAUGUGUUCUGCUCGAAGAGUGCCGCCAAACAUUUCGGGAAGGAUCCGGACAGAUGCAUCUACCGGGCUCUUGAUUUUAUACGACACCAUCCCGAGUACGUCUACCUGUUCCAAGUGUACGAGGACGUUCAAGCACUAAAAGCAGAGAAGUUAGAGCCCGAGGAGACGGACCAGCUGAAGCUGUGCCAAUCGCAGAUGGUCCAAACGGACCUGCACAUCCUGCCGCCUUCUAUCGACCUUAAUUAUUCAUCGAACGUGUGGGAGCUCAGAAGGAAAGCGUUGAAUCUGGCAAGCAUAAGCCGAUGCGUCACGCGCAGCACUCAAACAGAUAAGUCGAACUUCCGAUACGGCGUGUACGUGCAGGCUGCUCCACCUCGGGACAAAGAGGUGCAGACAAGAAGAGACAAUUACAUGAACACGAAGAAGCUCCUGACAUAUAUCUUCGGGCUACGUGGUAGACGCGACGGCAAUCAGCACGUUCUAUCCUUCCUCGAGGAUGAUCUCGAACAUGUUUGAACGCUUCGGGAUCAAUCAGAACGAUUUUCUCGCCAAGGAAUAUAAAUGUACAGAGGACAAUUUGUUAAAAAAAAUGAAAGCAAUAUCUUUUAAUGACGUUCUCAAAUACAGUCACGGAAUAUCAGGGCACAA